CAGAUCGGAGCCGCAAUGGUGAUCUCUCCUUUCCAAUGGUUAUUGGACACUAGAGGUCAUGUGACUCUGGGGAAACGCAGCGGCAAUGUAAACAACAUGGCGCCCUAGAGAGCUUGUAGAGGCGAGGCAGAACGAAGAAAUUACUUUAUAUUUACGUAAUUUCGUGAGCCGAAAACAAAGACGGCAGCAGAAGACAGUAUUCGAUUCAUUUUCAGCGUUGUGACACCAGGCGGUGCUUGUGCAGUUGAUGGGCUCUCGCAGCAGCUCCAGUGCUGACAUGUCAAGGCAGCGUCACAACGAACAGGAGGACGAGCAGAGCCACGGCGAGGCAGACCAGCCAAAUGGACGGACCGCCCGCAGCGCUCGCCCAACCCCCGCUGGAGAGGAUUCAAGCAGAAGUCGGACCACUGCCAGUCGAUCUGCCUCUUCAAGUACAUCGGGAAGCUCUGGGAGCAACAGCCAGGGCAGAAGUGAAGAGGACGUGGAUUUGGCUCAAGUGUUAGCCUACCUUCUCCGGAGGGGCCAAGUCAGGCUGGUACAUGGAGGUGGAGAAACAGGACUUCAGCUUGUUCAGUCAUAUUCUGACUCUGAGGAUGACAGUGAUAGUGCCUGGGAUGGUAGACUGGGUGACCGUUACAAUCCACCAGUGGACUUGAACCCUGAUACACGAGAAGUAGACUGCAGUGAAAUUAAGACACAGAUUCUACUAGCAACAGGUGCUCAGGCUUUGAAAGAGAAAAGUUUUACCAGGCUGCUCCAAACAAGGGAGCAGGGUCGAUGUCACAGCACCAGUUUCUCUCAUGGGGAGCGUUCUCACAUCCGAUCACAUUUUCUCCCCAAUUAUAUGGCACACCGUGAGAAUUUACAACAGAAGGCAUUCUGUGGUGUGUACUCAGAGAAUGGGUCCAUGUUCAUGUCUGCUUGUCAGGAUCAGAAUGUGAGGCUUUAUGAUACACGCCAUGGUCGUUUUCGUUUGCUGAAGACAAUAAAGGCAAGAGAUGUUGGAUGGAGUGUGCUUGAUGUGGCAUUCACACCUGAUGGGGCAAAUCUACUCUAUUCCAGCUGGUCUGACUAUAUCCACAUCUGCAGCAUAGAUGGAGACAGUGAGAGUCACACUGCCCUGGAUUUAAAUCCAGAAGAACGCAGAUUCUGUGUUUUCUCUCUAGCUGCAUCUUCAGAUGGUCGUGAAAUACUUGGGGGGGCCAAUGAUGGCUGCUUGUAUGUUUUUGAUAGAGAACAAAACAAGAGGACACUUAAGAUUGAUUCACAUGAGGAUGAUGUCAAUGCUGUGGCCUUUGCAGACGUUUCCUCACAGAUCCUCUUCUCAGGUGGUGAUGAUGCUCUCUGCAAAGUCUGGGACAGACGGACUUUACGUGAAGAUAAUCCACAGCCUGUCGGUCAUUUGGCAGGCCAUAGAGAUGGAAUCACAUUUAUUGAUAGUAAGGGUGAUGCUCGGUUUUUAAUUUCAAAUUCCAAAGACCAGACAAUUAAAUUAUGGGAUAUUCGAAAGUUUUCACCAAAAGAAGGAUUAGCAGCAUCACGGAAGGCAGUUACUCAGCAAAACUGGGACUACCGAUGGCAGCAGGUGCCUAAAAGAGCCUUGAAAAAACACAAGCUCCAAGGAGACACCUCGAUAAUGACGUACCGUGGUCAUGGUGUACUACACACACUUAUUCGGUGUCGAUUCUCUCCAGCAUUCACUACAGGACAGAAGUAUAUCUAUACAGGGUGCUCUACCGGAAAGGUUGUAGUGUAUGACGUAUUGACAGGACAAAUAGUCACAAAGCUGUCAAACCACGAUGCCUGUGUGCGGGAUGUGAGCUGGCACCCAUUUCAGGAGAACCUAGUCAGCAGCUCGUGGGAUGGAGCAAUUCGUCUCUGGGAAUACAGACAGACUCAGUUCUUUGAUGAUGAUUUUGUCAGUGUUCAAGCACAGAUUCCUGAAACUAAAAAUGAAAAUGAAGGGGACAGUCUUUAAAAAUGAUGAAACUGGAUGAAAAUGCAGAAGAAAACAGCAAGUUUGCUGCCUUUUCUAAAGCACAGGACCCCUUCUCAGCACUUUGCUUACUCUUAAGAUAACAUCAGAAGUUACCGGAUUAAUUUUACUGCAUAAUUCAGAUUUGUUUUUUUUAUUUUUGCAGAUCUGAAUUUUGAAGCUAUUCAGGCACUUAAUUGCCACGUAAGAUAUAUUUUAUUGCUAGGACUUUUUUUUAAACUUGUAUUUCAAUUUGAAGAGUUUUUCAGUGCCACGGUGGGUUAACAACUGGCCUGGGCAGAACAGAACUCUGCCAAAUCAGCAUACAGAAGAAUUUGGUGAUUGGAAUAUACUUUGAUCUCGUCAGCCUGUGCAUAUCAAGAAAGUUUGCUAUACCGGUCUGCAUCAAACAGAUAUGGACAUUGCAGAUUUAAAAUAAACGGGUCUAAUGAAAUGCAGAUAUGUAAUAGACUGCUCUGUUGUUGUCGAGACAAAAUAGACAACAAAUUAAUUACUCUACAGCCUCUUUUCGUUACUUUGUCUAGAGAUCUACGUGUAUCACCCUGAAAACUUAGUUUAUAAUGAUAGGUAGAGGUAUCUUAAUGAUUGGAUUCAUCAUCUGGUGUGAGAAUGUCAUCACUAAAUGAGAAUUAAAUGUGUCACUAAGGAAAA